UGUGCCUCUCGCUCUCUCUCCAUCCAAGCCUCGUCCGACCCACCCACACUCGUUCAUCCCCUCGCCAUGAAGACCUCGUUCACGGCUCUCUCACUCGCGACGGUCCUGUCGUCGACCCUCCACACCGCGCUCGCCGGCGCCACGGUCAACCCGAACCAGCUCCCGCACACGAGCGAGAACGGCCAGUACGGCUACAACGACUGCCGCAAGUACGGCGACUCGCCCAACGCCAAAUGCCAGACUCUCGUCAUGGAGGGCAUCGAGGACUUCUGUCUUUACGCUCCGCCGCAGAAGGCGACCAUCGGCGACUCGGAGCGCUACGAGGUCUCGUGGUGCACCAAGACCGGUCACGGCUCGCGCUUGAUCCCCAAGGACACGCUCAAGGGCGUGCACGUCAUCAAGACCCCGAAGUACCUCCAGUGGACGGGCCGUGGCGACCUCACCAAGCUCAACAUCCCGAGGGGCGACCAGGGUGGCGAGCUUGACCCGCAUGGAGCCGACGGCAAUGGCAACCCGAUCGGGGCCAUCGUGCUCACGUCGCAGUUCACCGGCAACCUUCAGCAGGUCAAGGAGUGGCACUCGUUCAUCUCGGACACCGAGUUCUGCAUCCGCAUCUGCAACCCGGCCGACCCCGACGCGUGGAAGUGGUGCAACCACAUCUACGACACCGAGGGCUGCUACUGGAACGACCCGGGCAACUACGACAACGGCUUCGACCACUGCAAGGCCGACAACGUCGCAAUGCCGCCCGGCGAGUACAAGCUGAGCAACGGCAAGACGUCGACGUGGCACCACGGUGCGCCGGGCCCGACGCCGUCGGCGCAGGCGCCCGCCGCGAGCAGCAAGUGCACCUCGCUGCCGACCAUCAGGCCGGCGAGCUACACGCGCAUCGCGACGACGACCAAGGCCGCCGUCGUUGUCAAGCCGACGACGACCAAGAAGGCGACGACGACGAAGAAGGCCAGCACGACCAAGAAGGCGACGACGACCAAGAAGAAGACGACGACCACGAAGAAGCCCAAGGCGACCAAGAAGGCCUGAAAGCCUCGCCCCCGUCGUUGUCGGCCAGCCUCCUCUUCCCCCUCCUUUCGCGUUUCACCUCGCCCCCUCUUUGGCUUUCUCCGUCGCGAUCCUCCUUCGCUCCUUCUCGUGCUCUCGAUCGCGACCUUGUCGCCUCGUCUGUAGCACCCCCCACCCUCGUUUUACCUGCCGCACGAUGCGCACCUGCCGCCCUCAGGCGCAACAGACACUCGUUACUCUCGCUC